AUGACUACAUAUGUGAAAUUGGUUAAAGGUGCCACCAAAAUCAAAUUGGCGCCUCCAAAACAAAAGUAUAUCGACCCCAUUUUAUUAGGAUCUGCAAGUCCACGUGAUUUCCAGGAGAUCGUAAGUGCUUUAAGUUCAAGAUUGUCCGACACUGCAUGGACAGUUGUCUAUAAGACAAUUAUUGUCAUUCAUCUAUUAAUUAGAGAGGGUGAAAAAGACAGAACACUAGAAUAUUUCUCAGAAGACUUGAGUGUAUUCCAAUUGAGAGACAACUUCCAAGCUUUAAAAGGUGGAUCCAGUGACGUAAGGGCUUUAGAACGAUAUUCAAAUUAUAUCAAAAUUAGAUGUAAAGAAUAUGGUAACAUUAGAGUGGAUUACGUUAGAGAACAUCAUAACUCUUUGAAAUCAAUUAUUAAUAAUACGCAGGACAUAAGAGCGGUGGAAAGAGCUUUAGAUCAUGUUGAAUCGUUAGAGACGCAAAUUUCUGCCUUAAUCAAAAAUAAAUAUUCACAAUUCGAAUUAAACAAUGAAUUGAUAUUAUAUGGAUUCAAAUUGCUUGUAUUCGAUCUUUUACAGCUUUACAGCGCAUUAAAUGAAGGUAUCAUUACUUUACUGGAGGCAUUUUUUGAAUUGACACAUGGUAAUGCGGAAAGAACCUUAGAUCUUUAUAAAAAAUUCGUCGAAUUAACUGAAUACGUAGUGAAAUACCUAAAGACAGGCAAAUCCAUCGGUUUAAAGAUUCCUGUCAUCAAGCAUAUUACCACUAAACUGGUCAGAUCGUUAGAAGAACAUUUGAAAGAAGAUGAAAAUACGCAUAACACUUUUAAUAACAGUAAUAACUUGGAAAAUCAAGAACCCAUUGAUACUAAUGCCUUUGCACAACGAAGAUUGAAUGAGGUAAGAGAACAAAAAAAGAAACUGGAACAACAAUUGCAUACACAACAACAAAUCCUAAUGUCUCCUACCGCUUCGCAACAACUUUAUAAUCCAUUUGCUCCACAAUCAACUAACGCUGCUCUUGUGACUAGCGCAAGUCAACCACAGUUCAAUCAAGCGCAACCACAAAAUCUUUUACCAUCUCAGCUAGUUACGACUAAUCCAUUCAUGAACGGCGUGACCCAAACACAUCAACAACAGCAGCAACCAGUGAUGGCCACAUUUGCAUCCAAUACGACCGGGUUCCCAGGUACUAUGGCCAGCGAACCUUCGCAACACCUACAACAGGUUGCAACGCUCCCUACUUCGAUGACACAACCUCAUAUGUUGGGCACUUCCAUAACGGGCUCAAAUUUACCCGUUCAACUGCAAUUUACACAGCCUGCACAAAUGCAACAUUUCCCUCAACCUAUACAACCUUCAAUGACUCAGCCAUUGCCAAUUCUGCCGAAUGAGUUUUCCGUAAAACCAGCUUCAACGAUUCAGACCUCUAAUAUUGGCUCUUUCAACACUGGAAAGGCAGGAAAUGCGAUGCCUCUGGAGCCACUUGUUACGGGAUCAAAGAAUCCAUUCUCCUUACAAAACAUUGACAGAGAAAGGCGCCAACAAGAACAAGUAAACCCUUUCUCAAGGACAAAUUACACAGAACAAGAUGACCAUCCAUUAAAUCACAACCCAUUUGCCCAACAAGGGUUACGGACAGGCACUGUUUUAACUUCCAAUAGCAACGUCGUAUCUCAACCAUUGUAUCAAUCACAAACAUAUAAUCCAUUCCAACAACAGCAACAACAACAACAAAUACAACAACAGCAAAUACAACAGCAACAAGUGCAACUUCAGCAACAGCAAUUCCAGCAAGAACAACAACAGCAACAAUCGUAUCCUAAUCUAAUCGAUAUAUAA